AUGGAAGGUCAAAAAGUGAUAACUGAAAUUCCUGCAGCUUUAAAACGCCUGGCAAAAUACAUAGUGCGUGGAUUCUAUGGGGUGGAAUAUUUCCUCACCCUGGACAUUCUUGUCCACUACCCCUGCGUGAAGGAGGAUGAUAUUCAACAAUUGCUGAAGUUUGAGAAAAGGCAGCUCCGAGCUGUACUCAACACGCUGAAAUCUGAUAAGUUUAUUAAGAGCCACAUUCGAGUGGUAACCAGUCCUGAUGGGGAGAGUUCCAGGCAUAAUUAUUACCACAUCAACUAUAAGCUGCUAGUGGAUGUUGUGAAAUACAAGCUGGAUGUUAUGCGCAGAAAAAUUGAAAAUGAUGAGAGAAAUUCAACCACACGAUCUUCUUUUAAAUGUCAAGUUUGUUUCAGUACAUUUACUGAUUUGGAAGUCAAUCACUUGUUUGACCCUUGCACAGGUAAUUUUAACUGCACUUACUGUCAUGCUGAAGUAGAAGAAGAUGCCUCCUCGAUACCGAAACGGAACGCUCAGACUCUACUGGCAACAUUUAAUGACCAGGUUGAACCAAUUUACGCGCUUUUACAUGAAACUGAAGAUAUUGCCCUUCCGCAAGAGCUUCUGGAACCACAACCGACAGAGAUUCCUGAACUGGCACUUGGGUAUGAUGCAUUCUGCUCUCAAUUGUACUUCAUUUUUUUCUGGUGGAGGAUGUGUGAGAUUUGUAUGUUAUCUCUACCUGAAUCAACUUGGAAUAACAAGUAUUUUAUCUCCUUGAACAAUACUCAAAAUGCUGGAGUAACUCAUUGGGUCAGGUGAUAUACUUUGAGUUGUUACUCCAGCAAUUAGUGUUUUGCUUUAAUCUCCUCAUUCAUCUUAAAUAAGUUGCC